AUGUACCAUCCUGAGCUGACACCUAGGCUCGUGAAUUCCGGAUUAGCUUCCACGUUUCAGAACGAGUAUGUUGAGGGAAGUUAUGGUAAAUUUUGUCAAGAAGUUUCUUCCUCUUCUCACCAAGAAGAAGAUUUGAAUGAGAUUGAUGCUCUUUUGAGCACAGAUGAAGAAGAUGAUGACGACGAGGAUGGUGGUGAUUCAGAAGAGGUCAGCAGCACAGCUCGUAAUAACUCUUCCAGGGAGUAUGGAAAUACAUCAUCAGCUGAAUCAUGUUGCUCAAGAAGGAAGCAGAGUUUAGCUGGGAGUGGUAGUAGUUUUAAUGAUGAUGGGAAAGGAGGAAGGAAGAAGAUGAAGAAGAUGAUGGGAGUGUUGAGGAGAAUAGUCCCUGGAGGAGAAGAGAUGAAUACAGCUUCUGUUCUUGAUGAAACUGUUCAGUACCUCAAGUCACUUAAACUUGAAGCUCACAAACUUGGCGUUGGUCAUUUCUCAAACCAAUCUUGA